ACGUUUAUCCUUGGCGGGAUUACCCUUCAAAAUUUUCGUUUCAAUGCCUUCCCGUAAAUGCAGGGUUCCUACUUUUCUUUUUCCUUUCUCUCUUUCAUCUAUUCUUCUUGUACUUGUUCCAAAACUAAAUAUCAUCAUUUACACUCAUGGCAGCUCCUCAGUCCCGCCCCUCCACCGCUGUUCCAGUCCCUGCCCCCGGAGACCAACAAACCUUCUUCCCUAAAAAGUAUGGUGGCAAGUACACUGUGACCCUGAUUCCCGGUGAUGGUGUUGGUAAAGAAAAUACAAAUGCUUUGAAGGCUGUCUUCAAGGCUGCCAACGUGCCUGUCGAAUUCGAGCAAUACGACGUAUCCGGUAUCGCAGACGAACACGAUCAGCUUUUCCAAGAAUCAUUGGCAUCGUUGCGACGAAACAAGGUCGGUAUUAAGGGUAUCUUCUUCACCUCACCUGAAAAAGACUCUCGUACCUCGUUCAACGUUACCAUGCGUAAGGAGCUCGACAUGUAUGCUUCGCUUUCUUUAGUCAGAAACAUUACCGGCGUGCCCUCGCGUAUGAAAGAUAUUGAUUUCGCUAUCAUUCGUGAAAGCACUGAGGGUGAAUACUCUGGUCUUGAGCAUGAGUCGGUCGAUGGUGUUGUUGAAUCGCUUAAAAUUAUUACCAAGGAAAAGACAGAACGUAUUGCUCGAUUCGCUUUCGACUUUGCAUUGAAGAACAACCGUAAGAAGGUUACUAUCAUCCACAAGGCCAACAUUAUGAAGUUGGCCGAUGGUCUUUUCUUGCGCACCUGUCGCGAAGUUGCAAAGGAAUAUGAACAUCACGGUAUCCAGUACAACGACCUGAUCGUCGACAAUACCUGUAUGCAGCUGGUUUCGCGUCCUCAACAGUUCGAUGUCAUGGUCAUGCCCAAUUUGUACGGCAGUAUUGUUUCUAACAUUGGUGCCGGUUUAAUUGGUGGUCCUGGAUUGGUUCCUGGUUGCUCCAUUGGUCGUGAAUAUGCCAUGUUCGAACCGGGCUGUCAUCAAGUGGGUCUUGAGCUCCAAGAUAAGGGUAUUGCUAACCCAACUGCUUUGCUCCUGUCAUCCGUCAUGAUGUUGAGACACUUGAACUUGAACGAACAUGCUGACGCCAUUUCCAACGCGGUUUUCGAGACUAUUGAAAGUGGCAAGGCCAAGACUCAUGAUAUGGGUGGCGAGAACACUACCAAGGAAUUUACUGAUGCCGUGAUUGCCAACUUGUAAAUAAAAUUAUAGGAACCAUCUUUUGUCUAUAUCCCUCCCCUCCAACACCUCUUCUCUCACUCCUCCAAUAUUCACGUAUACGGACAGAAACACCACACAUAUCAUAUUACCGUUUUUCCCUUUCUACUCAAACAUGCACCACCCCUUCACAUAUUUUACAGCAUCACACCGCUAUUUUCUUCUGGAAGAAGAUAUGAAAAUAUUUAUGUAUCAGCAGUAUCAUCCGU